AUGUUCAGGUCCAAACGGGCGGGGUUGCUAAGGCGACUGUGGAGGAGCCGCCUGGGGUGGGAGCGGCCGGGGGACCGGGGCCACCGGCUCCACAGCCCCAGCGCCCCGGACCCCGGCGGGGCCCCCCCCCGCGCCCGACGACGGCCACCACGACGACGAGGAGGGACAGGAGCCUCGGGGUCGCCCCGCCGGUGCCCGGGCCGCCCCGGGCCCCCUCCGGACCCCCCGACCACCUGCUGCCUGUUCCCCGAGCGGGAGGGGGGCCCGGCGCGACCCCCUGCGCGACCCUCCCUGCCGGAGCCGGACCUCAAGGCGCUCGGCUACUCCCUGCUGAAGCGGCUGAAGGAGCGGGGCCUGUGCAGCCUCCUGGAGGCCGUCGAGUCCCGCGGAGGCCUGGCCGGGGGCUGCGUCCUCGUGCCCCGGGCCCCCUCGGAGGCCCACGACCCCCACCACCACCACGGCGCCGCCGCCGCCGCCGCCGGGGAGGCCUCCUUGGCCCCGCACCUGGUCCUCGCCCGCCUGUUCCGCUGGCCCGACCUGCAGCACGCCGCCCAGCUCAAGCCCCUCUGCGGCUGCCACAGCUUCGCCCACCCCGAUGCCCGCAGCCCCCUCGUCUGCUGCAACCCCUACCACUUCGGACGCCUCUGCGGACCAGAAUCUCCACCACCCCCUUAUUCUCGGCUUUCUCCGGACGAGGAGCAAAAGCCGUUGGAUCUAUCAGAAUCCACGUUGUCUUACACUGAAACAGAGGCCACAAACUCGCUGAACAUCAUGACUGGUGAAUUCUCAGACGCCAGCAUGUCCCCCGACACCCUGAAGCAGAGCCACUGGUGCAACGUCGCCUACUGGGAGCACCGGACUCGAGUGGGCCGCCUCUACACAGUGUACGAACAGUCCGUCAGUAUCUUCUACGACCUACCUCAAGGGAACGGCUUCUGCCUCGGCCAGCUCAACCUGGACCACCGGAGCGAGACGGUGAAAAGGACGCGCAGCAAGAUCGGCUACGGCAUCUUCCUCAGCAAGGAGCCCGACGGGGUGUGGGCCUACAACCGGGGCGACCACCCCAUCUUCGUCAACUCCCCUACGCUGGACAUUCCCAACUGCAGGACCGUCAUCGUGCGCAAAGUCAUGCCGGGCUACUCCAUCAAGGUGUUCGACUUCGACAAGUCUUGCCUCCUGCAGCACGCCGCCGACCUGGACUACGGCGACGGGCCCUACGACCCCAACAGCGUGAGGAUCAGUUUCGCCAAGGGCUGGGGCCCUUGCUAUUCCAGGCAGUUCAUCACCUCCUGUCCCUGCUGGCUCGAGAUCUUGCUCAGUAACCACAGAUAACAAGCGGCUGCCGCCGGUGGGGGGGAAACAAAGGAGAAAACACACACACACACACACACACACACAC